AUGACAACGAAUUGCACGUUAAACUUCGAGUGUGGGUCUCCCUUACUGAUGAAUUAUUCAGGAACAGUCGACAUCUACAGCGUUGAUCACCAUGGAUACAAAACGUGCGACGCAACCCAGGGAAAAAUCCUCGCCUCUUUAAAAUGUGGGGAGUACCAUGCUAACGAGGCUAUCAGAGCUCUGGAUUUUAUUAGAAAGGAUGUAGAAACUUAUUACUUCAUUGGUAAGUUUGAAUUCAGGACAAUUAUUCUGACCCAAAACAGAAAAGCCUGGACUGGAAAAUCUCAAACUAUUUUAUAUACUUGAGUAAGCGCUUCGAAUAAAGAGUGCACACAUUCGUUUUUCUCAUGUAGGCCAUCGAGCGACAUAAGAGCUGCAUGUAAAAUUGAUAUUUCAGACGAAACGCAUACAUUAUUAGUUUUCCUUUUUGUGUUUAUUAACUGAAAGCAAUCCUCGGAAACCCACGGGCAGUCAGUCGAGUGAGAAAGGUCACGACAAAAGUCUUCAAGACCAGGCGAAAGAGCCCCUGUGUACCCACUCUCACCGGACCAUUUCCAAAUGGUAAAGAAAAUGUUGGCUUAUAAUUGGGCACAAAAAAUACUUUGUAUUAUUGUUCGUUCACCAAGGUUGAGCGUGCAAGGAAAACUUUCAUUUUCUACUUCCCUAACAAGAAACGAAGGAACUACCGAUGACUCAGGAAAACGUUUCGGAUGAUAUCAGCAGGACCACUCCAAUUUGCCCCGAGAAAGUUCUGUUUCUGACCGAUUACAAGGUAUGGUAAGAGAUAUUUACGAAGGUGUGAUCGAUGCAAGCUAGUUGUAAGCUCAAGUUUGUAUUUUUGGAAAAGCGUCUUUAAAAUACCGUUACAUACGGUUCCAUGUUUUAGUUUUCGGCUAGACAGUAUUUUGAAAUGGACGGUGUCUUUAUCAAACUGAAAGUUUCCUGACUGCGUGCAUUUCUUUGCAAGUAUGGCGAAAAAAAUAGCCGUCGUGUACGAACACACGAAAAUAACUCGGGGGAUACUGUUGGCCGAUUGGGAGCAAUAAUACCGGCAAAGGAUUUUUUUGUGCCCAAUCAGGAGCCAGCAUUUGCUUGACCGUUUGGAAAUGGUCUGGUGACCGAGUCGGUACUCAGGGCCUGCCUCUUCGGCCGGUGCUUGAAAACUUUUUUCGCGCCUUUUCUCCCGACCCUACUGAAUGCACCUGGCUCUCCGAGGAUGAGGAUGACUGAAACUACGUCGCCUUAAAUGACGGUGUGCCCAGAAAGAAUAUUAAGCGGUCAGACAUUUUUGGGCCUAGCAGGGUUCAAGUAUAAGACGGUAUAACUGAGAGACCAACAAUAUCGCGAAUAAAUUGACCAAUAACUAGAGUUUAAUAGCAUCAACUGACGUGAUACAACCCACUUUGACUCUGAAGAUGACUACCACACAGGUUGUCGAAACGUCAGUGAUUGUCAACAAAAACAGUCCUAUUCAGGACAACGUUCACCCGGACGAUCAUACUCAACCUACUUAUAGUGUUUAUAUGUGUUAAUCGGAGGGCUGCAUUUGAAAACGAGAUAAAAUUUAGCUUAGCAUGGUUUUUCUUUUUCUUUUAGGUUUUGCUCGAAUGAAAACUAAACCAGAGAAACCAGUUCUAGUAGGAGGAACAUGCAAGUCACAUAAAUCCAAUUUGAAGAUUCACAUUUGCGCUCUUGUUCGAAAAUCACAUGGAAAAUUCUGCGCCAUGAAAUGUAUGAUUUAAAAAGAGGUGUAGGCCCAGGAGGGUGACUAUGAAAGUCAGUCUAUGAAUGUAAUUUACCCCCUAAAUGAGGCCAAACUGAUUGUGGAUCAGGCUAUUAUCUAAUGCAUACCAUACAGUACGGUACGCCUUUGUUGCAAAACCAUUUUUCCAAAAAAAUAUUGAAAUACGCAAUUCGUGUUGUGAAAUGCCUUUCUCUAUAAAAUUCAAGAGAGUAUUAAGUCCGCAGCUGGCUUCUUCUUGUCCCUGUACAUUCUUGUCCCCACUGCUUCCGUUUCUGACUCCGCGAUCAUGCGCAGAAGAGAUCUGGGUCUAGCCUCCCACGCAGACGUUCUUAGGGGUUAGUUACGCGUUCCUAUCCCACCAACAUGGGGCAGGAACGCGUGACGAGCCCCUAAGAACGUCUGCGUGGGAAGCUAAUCUGGGUCGAGAUUGGUCCCGACAGACAAUAGCUUCAUAAUACCAAGACAGAGACAACUUUCACUCCGUUCAAUGGUAACUUUUUUGUUUUCUCUCUGCCUUAAGCACUUCCUAAAGUCCUCGCCAGCAAGCAAAUAAAACAGAAAGACAAAGAAGAGAAGCCCAAAGGUUCCUUGAAGACUUUUUACAUCUCCAUGAUUAUCGUCGGCAUUCUUGGUGUGCUCAUAGCUUUGGCAAUGUGCAUUUUCCAACCGCUUAAGAGGUAAUCCGAGAGGGGUUACAUGCACACACGUUUGGGUAUGAGAUUGUCAUUAAGGGUUUGAAAUCCUGAAAACUCCGCAAGUGUGGCUCUGUAUGGCUGCCGGUACCUUGCCCACGCGCAAAGUUUUAUCAUCGUGACCUUGGCAGACAAGGACGUAAACAAACUGUAAUAAAACAAAACUCAAUGCAGGGCAGGCACUACGGCAAAGGGCUGAUUUAUUAUAGGGCAAUAUUUCGGCUAUCAAAAUUGACCUUCUCAGGGCCAGAACUAUACCGAGAGAAAAUAUAACUACUGACUUGGAAACCGACAACGAAAGUCACUAUUAAUAUAUGUUCAUGUAAAGGACUUUUGUAUAGGUAAUAGCAUGAUUUGUAGUGAUAUUUGGCAUAAAUACCACGAGUGAUAUUUCAAAAUUGUUUUACGUAAUUUCACGAGCCGUUAGGCGAGUGAAAUUUGGACAAUUUUGAAAUAUCACGAGUGGUAUUUAUGCCAAAUAUCACUAAAAAUCAUGCUAUUAUUUGUUUAUACUACUACCCACAAAAGGUUUGUAAUUUUCACAUGUAGGUAUUUCAAAUUAAGCUGAAUUACCACUGCUCUAAACCAAUCAAAUUGCAGAAAUUUCUCAUGUGGUAGUAUAAUAAUCCUAAUACAUAUCCCUACUCAACAAUGCAACCAACAAUGCAACCAACAGGCACGCAUCCAGUUUCAAAGUAUAAUUCCACUACUCCUCUAAAGUCUAAUUCACACAUCCCCAGGUCAAAUAUUUUCUGUAAGUAAACUUUAUUUCUUUAUUUAGCCAACAGGUCAGUGGUCGAAGAAACGUGUCAAACCGAAAAUCAAACAAGGACACAGCUUUCCAGCGUCUUCAUGACAAGUACCGUGUUGAAGACAUGGAGGAGGGAAACAAAUAA